AAGCAUGCUUUCAGUUUAUGCUUUUCAGUUGAGCUUCAGCCGCAACGGCUUCAGGUUCGAGAUCCCGGCCCCAUCGCCCCAUCGCGCGCUGUUCUAUAUUUCAUUUUUGUUUGCCGCUCUUUUGGGGCCGAACAUUCGCAGUUCCGUUACGUGAGUGCAGCGUAUCUGCCGUCUGCAUUGCACAAAAACAUAUCCAAAAGAUACCAAGAUACAUUUCUCGGAUUGCUUUUGACUUUGCGCUUUGCGCAACCUUUCGCAGCGGCGAGCGUGAAAAGUGAGAUACAAGAUACAAAUAAAUAUUUAAAAAACAACGACUGAUCGCCAGCCAUCAAUCAGGCCAUCAAUCAGUCAAUGCCGCUUGUCGCAAAUUGGAGCUGAAGUCGCACUCGCACUCGGAGUUGGAGUCGGAGUCUGGGCGUCUGUGGCUCUCUGCUACUAGAGCUGGAGCUGGAGCUGGAGGUUGAGUUUCACCCUUCUCGGAGAUCGGAGAAAGCCAAAUGUAUAUAAACGAUAUAAAUGCCUUACCUGAUGCUUCGCCUUGCACAUAAUUCAAUCAAGUAAUCAGCCAUCGAGGAUCGAAGCUUUGGAGAUCCCACUGCCUUUUUUUUUUGGAGACAGUUUUGGAGUGUCUGCCACUAUUUUUUGUUUUUAUUUUUUUACUUUAAAAGUCAGUCAGUGAGUCAGUCAUAGUUAUAGUCACGAUUCCGUAGCCAAAGCCACCAUCUCGUCGUGGUCUUGGUUUUGGUUUUGGCUCUGCUGGCUUUUGGCUUUAACUUUGCUGGAGUAUUGUCGCCCGGCAGGUUCACAAAUAAGUGAAAGUGAAUUUGUUUAUUGUGUAUAUUUUUGCUAUUACCAAAGCAAAAAAUAAAAAAAAAUAAAAAAGCAACAAAACAAUAAUAAAAGAGACGCAUAACACCGACUGGCUGCCAUCGAGCAAUGUUCACAGCGGCGACAAAAAUUCAUUGAGAGAAAAAAACUAAACUAAGAGGAAAAAUAAUAGACAGAUCGGGGCAAUUUGAUCAAUGAAGAGCGUUCGUAGAACAGCGGAAACAUGUCGAGUGCCAGCCAAGUGAUUUAUCUUGUGUUUCUGCUGCUGAUACUCCAUCCGGCCCCUGGAAAUGGAAAUGGAAUUGAGAAAACCAAUGCCCCCCAGGAAGUCUCUGCUGUGACCUCAUCUCCGCCCUCCUAUGCCAACUUCACGGAACUAUCCCAGGCGGUCGAGGACUCCAUCAAGGAGUUCGAGGAACGGCAGAAGGAACGCCAGCGGCAAGGACACACGAGGACCCGCCGAGCUGUGAAGAGAGUGUGCUACGGGGAACUCGGCUGCUUCGAGGACUCGGGUCCUUUCGCCUACCUGGAGAUGCUGCCAUCCGCCCCGGAGGAGAUCAACACCAAGUUCUACUUCUACUCCACCCGCCAGCGCUCCGAUCGUCCUCUGAUGGAGCUGUCCUUCCUGAACAUGACGAGUGCCUUUCGCGGGAAACGGGAUGCGGAAGUUAGCACCAGUUCGCCCGAAGGCAGUGGUCGGUCCUCGGGAUCUGGCUCGACUGCCAGCUCUUCUGGGACCACCACAGAAAGACCUUCCAGCCAAAAGAAACCCUCAACACCCUCGAUUGAUGAUCUGGAGGGCUUCGACGAGCUCUCUGUGAGGGUCAUAGUCCAUGGCUUUGGCUCGGCCUGUCCGCACGUCUGGAUUUAUGAAAUGAAAACGGCUUUAAUGGCGGUGGAGGACUGCAUCGUGAUCUGUGUGGACUGGGAGAACGGAGCCACCUUCCCCAACUAUGUGAGGGCGGCGGCCAAUACGCGUCUGGUGGGAAAGCAGCUGGCCAUGCUCCUCCGAAAUCUGCAGCAGCACAAGGGCCUGGAUCUGAUGAGGACCCACAUCAUUGGCUUCAGUUUGGGGGCUCACGUCUCGGGAUUUGCCGGCGCCGAGUUGCCUGGGCUCUCCAGGAUCACGGGCCUGGAUCCGGCAGGACCCCUGUUCGAGGCCCAACACCCCAAGGUGCGGUUGGACAGCAGCGAUGCGGAGUUCGUGGAUGUCAUCCAUUCGAAUGGCGAGAAUCUGAUCCUGGGAGGACUCGGCUCCUGGCAGCCCAUGGGCCAUGUGGACUACUAUCCGAAUGGAGGACGUGUCCAGACCGGAUGCUCCAAUCUUUUCGUGGGAGCUGUCACUGAUUUUAUUUGGUCUGCCCAGGCGGCGGAGGACGAGGAGGGACGAUCCUUGUGCAACCAUCGACGUGCCUAUAAGUUCUUCAUCGACUCGGUGGCUCCGCGGUGCCUGUUUCCGGCCUUUCCCUGUGCCAGCUACGAUGACUUCCUCAAGGGACGCUGCUUUCCCUGCGCCCAGGACGACGAGGAUCUGGCCGAGGGAGUGCCACGUUGCGGCAACAUGGGCUACUACGCCGAUCGCUCCACCGGCCGGGGCCAACUGUACCUGCUGACCCGCGAGGAGGAGCCCUUCUGCGCCCACCAGUUCCAGCUGCAGAUCUUCAAUUCCUUCAACGACCUGCCCCUCCGCACCAUCGGCCGCUUGGAGGCCAUUCUCGAGGGCGACGGUGGCCUCAACGAGACCUUCGAGAUAUCCGAAAAGGACGACGCAGAGUUCUUUGCCGGCGACAUCGUGUCCAAGAUCAUCGUGCCCCACCCAGCCCUGGGCUUCCCCACCACCCUGAGCCUGCACUACAAGUCCUACAGCGGGUGGCUGAGCAAGGGCCUGCCCCACUGGGACAUCGACAAGGUGGUGCUCACGGACAGCUUCGGCCGGAGUCACUCGCUCUGUCGUCCCUCCACCAAGCUGAGCAGCGGCAGUCCUGUCCGCCUGCGCCUCCAGGCUGGCAACUGCGAGCUGGACAAUCAGGAGGAUUACGGCGCGUACACCACGCAGCCUCCGGGACAGAAUGGCGGGGGAAUGGCAGUAGGAGCAGGCGGUGGAGGAUCGGGAGGAGCGGGAGGAGGAGGUCCCACCAUAUCGCCCACGGAUGUCCCCGAUUCCAGUGUCCAGGAAUCGGCGGUGGAUGGCGUGGAGACGGUGAAGCAGCGCAAGGACAUCUUCAACCUGGGCACCAGCUUCAAGUUGGCCCAGAACCAGACCUAUCCCCUGGGCCAGGACGAUGAGCUGCCGUGGCAGCCGAUCCUCGUCGGCAAUUCCCUGGACAAUGAAACCGCCGAGCCAGCCGAGUCCAGUCGCAGCUUGUCCGAUUCCCCGGGCGAGAUCUUCGAGCCGGUCCUCAAGGAUCGCCGCUUGGCGGUGAACAAGGGCAGGAAUCUCCAGGACUACUCGGGCGAUGCCAGAGGCAAUUCCGGAUCCGCUUCCAUAUCCACUCAACCGGAAAUCGUGGAGCCCGUCCUGAAGGCCACUACGCCGCGCGUCAAACAAGGCAAGGACCUGGACCUGGGACCGGAUCAGCCAUCGCCGGUGACAGCCACGCCGCCCAAGAUGAUGGCCCAAAUGGGCACGGGCCGUUCCCCGGAUCCGGAUGAGCCGCAGACCGUGCAGCUGCUGCCCUUCCGCCUGGGGGAGUUACUUCAAAAGGCCGAGCGCUACGCCCGGGAAACCCUAUUGCCCUUGAUUUCCGUCCAGGCACCGAGAUUCUUUGGCUUCAAUGUGACGCCCCACGACCGGGAGGCAGUGCGUCCUGGUGAGUCCCGCAAGCCGCGCUACAUUCCACGUUACGAGGAGUCUGCCUUUCUGAAUGCCAGCAGCUCUGCGAGGAGGCGAUCCAAGCCCAAGGCCUCCCGGAGAUCCUCGGUCGUCCAGCAGCAGAGGAAUCUGUUCCGCUUGAUGAGGGCCAGGUCGCAGAAACAGGACACGGAAGCUCCGAUCCCCGACAGGAGCAGUGAGGAGAAGAGCAAGGAGCAAGACAGGCAGCAGAAUGACUUCAAUUAUUAUACAAAUGUGCUGCAGACGGAGUCGAGAUCGAUGCGGCCAGAGAAUCCGGAAUACAGGCCUGUUUUCAUAGACCUUCCCACCUAUAGGCCACCAACUUCCGCUUCCGCUGCCUCUGCGGCUGUCGGCGCUUCCGUUUCCACACCCUUGACAGCAGCUUCCGUUUCCGCUUCCGCUUCCGCUUCCGCUACCGUUUCGAAAGCACGAAGACGCGGCAGAUCCUCUCCACUAAUUCCCUGAUAUCCAAACUCCACAAUUCAUAGCUCUCCCGCCAAAGGGGGUGAACACUUUGUGAUAUGCACACCAGAUCGUGGCUAUGGCCCCCAAAAAUAUGAAACAAUCAACUACAACCACCAAGAAUCAUCCCAUUAAUCAAAAAACAAAUCAAAUCCACUCCUCACCUGCUUGGAAGAGCACUGUAAAUAUCCGAAACGAAAACAAAGAUAUAGAAAUGGAAUUUCGAAAUGCUGACAAUCGCAUAGAUUUUAAUUUUAAGAUUAAGCUUAUGAUGUGAGACAAAAUAAUAAAUAAUUAGGCUUAGCAUAGUCGGGGGUCUCGACUUAAAAAUACCAGAA